GUCCUUCUGUCUCUGUGCGAAGAAGUCUCGUGAUGUCCAGCGAGUGUUUCUUGUGUUGAAGCGAGAUUUGUGAACAGUGAGGAGUUUUGGUUGCAUAUCAGGGAGACUCCCGUGUGGAGAUACUCUUUAUUCAUGCGAUUUAUUAUUGCUUGAAGACUAUAGAAAAGAUGUGUAUAAUGCAGUACUACAGCAUCUCACAAAACCUCCGCCAUGUUGAGUACCAGCCCCUCUGGGAUCAACAUGAAAAUAUGCGCAAAAGAUGGCAAAUCUCUCAUUCUCUAGGCAGAUUUCUCAAUUGAUCUCAUGCACAUUGCCUUAUACACACACCCUCUUCUAGAAUCUUCAGGCAAAUAAUUAACCUCAAUAGGGGCCGCACCCUUCACACUGGCUCAAACGUUUUGUGAGGUCGACCGCAUCCGUUGUCACUUACUUCCUGUGCUGAUAGAUAGCUUCGCUUGCUCUCACUGUUAGUGCGUGCUGGUGUAGUAGAUUAGGUGGCUCUCACGAUCAUAUUGUCUUUUUAAUCUCAUUGAGGAAAUUGCAAUACGAAACCACAGAGAAAAGAUGCAGUGGUGCAUGCACUACGGUCUGUUAGAUUACUUUUGCAGCUAUAAUGGUUAUAAUUUUUUUUAAUUCUCUUGAUUGGAAUGACAUGACCCUCCCUUAAGUCAGGGUCAUUUUCAAAUUUCAUGACAAUCCGCUCAUUGCUCUUUGCUCUCAAAAUGUCCUGUGAAGACGCCCCUGGGUAUUUGAACAUAUGCCAACACACCUGCAAGCGAAUGUGUUCUAUUCAAGGAUGGUCAUAUUGUUAUUCCUAGUAUGCCCCAAGUCAAGACACAAAGUUAUACAAGAGAGGGCGGUAUCAUUACUAUUACUGAUAUUAUUUUAUUAGAAAUUAUUGCUGCAUCAGCUGCAUUAAUUUUAUAGAGGUUCUUCUCUACUAACGUCCCAGGCGUUGUAAUAAAACUGACAUUUAUUUUUUUCCUGAUUUUCGUCAUGCCAAACUUCGGUGCGUUGCUCACCUGCCGUUUUAGUAACUAUGAGAAAACCACAAUUAGAAAAAUAGAGAAGAACCUCUAUAAAAUUAAUGCAGCUGAUGCAGCAAUAAUUUUUAAUAAAACAUGUUUAAAGGAGGGUUUACCUCCAGCAUACACUAAUACUAUUAUUAUUAGAAGAUGCACCCUAUUCAGAUGGAACUAGACCACAAAAGGGGACAUUGACUUGAAACUCACUAGCUUUCAAAGAACAUUAGGGUGUUCAUUAGAAAGAGAUAACAAAAGGUAAUGGGAAAUACCAAAAGGUGGAUCACUUAUUAAGAAAGCAAAAAUAGAUUAACAAAUUAAUAGAUAAAAAAUUUAAGUAAAUCACUAAAAUACAAGGAGAGUAUUGUUAGGGCAGUAAUGCAUUAUUACAUCUUCGCUUGAACUUCCGCUGGAGAUCCAACUGCAGGGCAUCCUCAGUAGGGAGGCUGUUCCACAGUAUUCCAACGGUGUGAGGAAGAAUAAAGGACCUCUGGAACUGAGAAGUUCGACAGUGAGGAGGCACAUUUACUGCAUAUUGGUGCUUCUGCCUUUCAGCGACUCUGGUCGCUCUUGGCAGGAAAAGGGGAUCAUUGAUCAAUUGUGAAUGUGAAAAUCAAUGUAACCUGUUGUAGGUUAUUUGUCCUUCAUGAGCUAGAAUACCGUUUUCUGGUGUGGAUAUCUGCUUCUGCCAGAGAUUUAUCUCUUUUAGAUAGAGUGGUUCGAGGUGGUAGGUUUCGGUUUCCUGUUUGUCAGUUUUUCAGUUCAGAUGCACCAAUAUGCAGUAAAUGGGCCUCCUCGCUGUCGAACUUCUCAGUUCCAGAGGUCCUUUGUUCCAUAUACCGUUGUGGUACUGUGGAAGGAACAGCCUCCCUCCCUACUAGGGAUGCCGUGCAAUUAGAACUCCAGCGGAAGUUCAGGCGAAGAUGCAGUGCAUUAAUACCCCCAUACAAUUCUCUUUAUAUUAUUUUAAUAAUCUACUUACAUUUAUAUUCAUCUAAUAAUUUCUUAAUUUAUCUUUUUUUUUUUCUAACAACUGGUCUCUUCCAAGUCCUGAGACUCUGCACCAGUAUCAACUAUUAAGAGAUGAUCUAGUUGCUCUACAGCACUGUGUACAAACAGAUUCCUGGCACAAGUUAACGGACAGCAUCAACCAUCAAACAAGCUUUGGUUCCAUGUGGCACCUCAUGAACAGGAUUGUGAAGAAGAAAACCCCAAGUGUCCUCCACCACAGCCCUGCUCAGUAUGCACAGGACCUCAUUGAUGAGUGAUCAAUGUAACGAAUCAUCAACCCUCCUGCUCAUAUACAAGACACUCACUCCACAAAAGAAAACCACCAUGCCCUCCAUCUCAUUACUGCCUUACUGAGCACUGAUGAAAAGGACGAUGUACCCAUAAUUGAGGAAGAGCUAUGAUGUGCCUUAUCAAGGAGUAAGAAGUCAACUCCUGGUGAUGAUGGCAUCACCUAUACAGUCCUUGGCAUACUCAUAAAAGUACCUGGCAACACUAUCCUCCAGCUCUACAUCCUCUGCCUCAGCAUAGGAUAUGUGCCAAAAGCGUGGACUCAUAGUGCAAUUGUACCCAUCCCCAAGCCCGGCACUGACAAAUUCCGGGCUAUCUCCUUCACCUCCUGUUACUGCAAAGUAUUCAAAUGUAUUCUCCUCUCACACCUCAUGUUCCAACUACAAGAUAAGCUUUUACCCAGACUAUAUGGCUUCCUACCCCAACGAGGAACAUAUCAUUAUCUCAUGGAGCUCUACACUCAUCUUUCCCGACCAGUGUUGUAGCUUUCAUUGAUUUGAAAAGUGCCAAUGUGCGCAGUAAAUUGAUUAAGAAAAAAAACGGGUCUCUUCUUUCUGUAUUUCCCAUUACCUUCUGUUACUUCUUUCAAAUGAACGCCAUACGCUUUAGAAACUUGAAUUUCAAGUUAAUUACCCGUAAGGUGGGUUUGUUCCACAUGAAUAGGGUUCAGCAUCUGAACAAUAAUAAGAAUAAUUAUUAUAGUAAUCAUUGCCAACAGACUAUUAUUAUCACUAAGAAUGCCACUAAUGUGUGUUUACGAACAGUAGUACCGGGCCCUUCAACUUGACUGAAUUUCACAGAGUACGAGCAGGAUGGCCGUGCUGAAAAGUCACACAUAAGCGAUCAGCACUGCCUUAACAGGUUUGCAAUAUGUGGUUGCUAUUGACAUCAUUAUUAUUAGUAGCAAAGGUAAGUUGCUAUGAAAUAUUAAUUUUGUUGUUCACAUCAUGGCAGAUGUUUUUGUCAUUACGUUUCCUGCUUCUAACUUGUGUUAUUAUUUUUCUUCAGGCUUAUGUACGUAUGUGGCCCAGUCUUACAACUAAAUAUUUUGCAUCCUGUUGCAAGAUGCCUACUCUGCUGUUAUCAAAAACAUCUUUAAAAGUGUUUUGAAAGAUAUGGUUGUACUAGUGUAGACUAUAUAUAUUUGUGGGGCAAUAACAUGGCUUCAUCAGCACCAAUUGUAUCUCCAGAAGCGCUAAGAAAUUUCAGGCAUCACUACUUUGUGACACAUUGGGGAAAGAAGGUUUUGUCUAUGUUAUUUUAUUAUAGUUUUCUCCACGGACAAACCAAGUCAAUCUCGGAGAUUCUCGAUGAAAAUGACAUAAGACGUAACAAGAAAUUAUUAAACAAAGAUGAAAUAAAUAGUCUUGCCACUAAAUCUGCAAAGUGCUUUGACAUCACGCUGAUGAACAAAAUCUUCCAUUAUCUUUGGCAGAAAGGAGUCAAAGACCCUGGCGAUGAACUGAAAGAAUUAAUAAGAAAAAUCAAAGCUGAGAGGGACUGUGUUAGCCAUGAAGAGUGUAAUAUGUCAGAUACAGAUUUGGAAAAUAAACUCUGCAACUUUCAAGCAACACUCGUAGAAACUCUUGACAAAACCGAGCCUCUCUUUCCUCAUCAGAAGCUUGAAAUUGAUCAACUCAAAGCCGAGAUCAAGGCUGCUGUUCCGAAGCUGCUGAGAAAGAUCCGUGAGAACUAUGAUCCCUCAGAGUCACAGGAUGUGAAGUCCCUUAAGCAGGAAGUAGACGAUUUCUGGAGUGAGUGUUCUGAACUAGUGCAAAAGUGUUCUCGAGAAGAAUUAUGGUCUCUUUACAAAAAUCUCUGUCAGAUUUUGCCCUUUGGCCAGGUAGCUCAGCGUGGUUUUCAAGACCCAUUUAGUUUCCUUAUUUCCUUAAAAGUGGAGCAUGACAGGCAGUUCAAUCAAAAUUACCAUGGCAAUAAAUGUACCAUUCUAAAGCAGCAAGAAAUUUUUGACACACAUAAUACGGGAGAGGACCCUGAAGUUUUGAUUAUAUCUGGUGAUGCAGGUUCUGGAAAGACCACAAUUCUUUGUUCCUUUGUAGACCACUGGUAUAAGGGGACCGCAGAUAUACAACAACUCUCAGACUUCCAAAUUCUUCUUUAUAUGCAGUUCAGAAAUCGUGACCUUGACAACUUUGAAGACUACCUUAGAAGUUUGCUGAAAGAGACUGUGAAGCGUUAUGAUUUCACUCAUGUACUGUCAUAUAUCAUUGGUUCAAAAUGUCUAAUACUUUGUGAUGGGUAUGAUGAGGUUAAUGGGAAUUCCAAGAAACUCUUUGAAGAAAUGUUAACACUUAAAUGGAGGGACGUAAAGAUUGUCGUAACAACACGUCCAUGGAAUACUGAUGAACUAACAAAUAUUGUGAACUCUGGAAACCGUAGCAAAGUCAACCUCAAUGUUUUAGGUCUUCAGGAAAGGGAGUGCCACUUGCUCAUAGAAAAACUCACGGGCUGCCUGGUGAAAGAUGAUCAAGAACACAAAAAAAUGAAAAUGGAGCUGUCUCAGAAAGUAGAAGAAAUGAGCUAUAGGACUAAAGCACUCCUGAAAACACCACUAAUUUUUACCAUGUUCAUUUUUCUUUACAUUGAUAGUCCAGAUUUAAGGGAUGAACUGAACACCAAGACAUCAAUUUAUUUGCAGUUGAAAGAGAACUUAAACAAGAAAAUAAUAAAAGAGACAGGAAUUUCUGAAAAAUCAAUGGGGGAAUUCAAUGAAUUGUACAGAAAAUGGUCUCUGAAAUAUUACAUUGAGAAAAAAUUUGAAUGGACAGAGAGAGAUGUCAAAAACUUUAAAGAGGAGAUUAGAUCUCAAAUCAGUUCUCAAGAUGUACUGCAAAACUUUCGUGCUGUCAUGUCAUCCUAUUUCUCCAUAAAGCAUGUAUAUGAUGGUCUACAGAUUGUCAACGUAUACUGCUAUGUCCACAGAAGUCAGCAGGAGUUUGCAAUUGCUGUCGACGUCUGUGAUGAGAUAUCAGCUCGAAUGCAGGAAGGAGGGGACUUGCUUCUAGAUGUGGUGCUGCAGUCAAAAGGGUUAACCGAUGCUCCAAUGUCAGAGAACAAUGGUCUGUUUAAGGAAUUAGAAGGAGUCAUUUCCUUCAUACCAGGAUUACUCUACCAGAGAUGCCCCAAGAGUGAUGCAUUAUACAAUCAGAUAAAAGAUAUUCAAAAACUCUAUGUAACAACAUACAGCGUCUCUCAACAAGCGCACGAUGAGCUCUUGGAACCAUGCAUCGAAACUAGACUGGACGAUCAAGUUUUGCAGUCAUACGUGUCACUGCUGGAAAAUACGAGCCUGAAGAAGUUCAUGCGAUUCCUGAGAGCAGAUGGUCUUUUCGCCCUGCCACCCUUACUGUCUCGACUGAAGCCGGGCCAUGUUGAUUUUCAAGAGAUAUGGAGAGAUCUUUCGAAGUUCAAUGAAAUACUAGCAGUUGCCUUCGCUCAUGGCAUUAAGACUAAGAUUUCACUGUGGAUCGAUUUAAAAGCCUCUGCAGUAUUUAAAGAAGAGGUUUCGCAUCCAGCGGAUGAUCUAACAAUUCACCUUGUCAACUUUGGUGACACAAUUGAGGACCAGAGCCUAUAUCCCGCCUCACUCAUGAGAUUAACGAAGAAUCUGUCGCUGGUUUACCAUCUGCAUACAUGCAAGCAACCCAGAGACGCUGCCACUAUCAUCAACAGGACGUUUCCAGGGGUCCGGGAUGGAUGUAGUCAUUCUUUUCCAUUUUCGUUUUCGUAGAUGAAGUGUGUGAUAUACGUGAACUCAUCCAUUACCUGACCAUUAAGCCUCUAAGGGGAGUGAGUGUUUUCUCGCGUCGUGAGGAUGAAGGUUAUGAAGACUUGAAGGAGUACUGCGGAAAUGCGAAGCUCGGACAUCUGUACAUUUCAUAAUAAUGAGAGUGAAGUUAGAGACUACAUCUUUAUGGAAGGGAGUGAAAAAAGCUGACUGUUGGUUCUUGUGAAAGCCUUUCGGUAAAAUGCAAUCGGUGUCUUUUAUCCUAUAGGUCUUUUUCACCGGAUCGAAAUCUUCAUUCAGAGAGAGAGAGAGAGAGGGUCAAUUGUUAGAUGUAAUCAUGCCCUUCGAGAAUGAUGUAAUUUUUCAUGCAAAACAAAACUGUCAGUCUUAAAGCUUAGACUGGUCUAAAGCCUUUCAAAGGGUUCAUAUGGAUUUUGUCUUCAAAGUAACUAAGAAAUUUGGUUUACCAGAUGGAUUUGUGGAUCUACUAGUUGAGUUUUGUAUAAGGAUUGUAAAAGUCGUGCUUUUGUAAAUGGCUUUACGAUGUCCCCCUUUUGUAUGAAACGAUCUGUAAGACAGGGCUGCCCGAUGUCAAUGCUGUUAUAUUGUAUAUUUCAAGAACCUAUAUACAGUGUCCACAAAGUCCCAGUUCCAUUACAAGUAUUUAUUGCUUAGAAUGGUACUGGGACUUUAUGGACACACCCUGUAUAGCCUUCCUCCAAUUUUGGACACCGGAAAUUUGUCUGCGGGAGCAUUAACAAACCUUUCAUCGGGACCUACUAUCAUGGAAAGGGAGUUUGCCUUGAAAUAAGCUCGUGGAACCUUAGUGAUAAUUGUGAUAACUGUGAAGACGUUCAUGUGUUUUUUUUUUAUUUUUGUAGUCACAACACUGACGUACUUCAAAAGUGUGCGAUUCAAUGCUGUAAGAUAAACAGAGACAAUUUUUUGAAGACAUUAGUUGUCAAAGACUGUCAGGUGAUCAAAUGCUUUUAUUAGAUCUUGCUAAUAUAGCAGACGGUAACGUUAACAACACAAAAAGGACAACUGAAGAAGUCUGAUUCCUACUUCUGAAAGAAGGCCGACGGGAAGGACAAAUGAAACUGGAGGCUGAUUUUCCAAGUAUUAUAUAGUACCUUAGUGCAAUAAUUCUGGUACUUAUCAGAGCAAAAGUGAGUUUUCUAUGCCAGAGCCAUCAAAAUUGCAGGGAAGGCUUUGAUAUUAAGUCUAUUUAUUUUUCAAAGAAGUACGAUGCUGGAGGUAUUAACUAAAGCAUCUUUCCUUACAUUGUGACUGAAGCGUUUCAAUUAUAGGACGAAAAAGGAUUAUAAUUGUGCCACUGUAUUAGUUGUAGGGUAUUUGUAUGCUGUUUUGGUCAGUCAAAAGAAACAUGACACAAAAGAGGAAACGGAUGCCUUUGUUAAGAGCAAGCUUUGUGACGAUAGGUGGCCAUUAAAAAAACAAUUACAAACAAAGAAUAGGUGACAUUUUCACAAGAGAGUACUACGUUAUUUACUGAUUUUGAGUAACCAGUAUAGCUUUGUAAGUAACAGUACAGUGAUUAUGGUGUUUUACUGUGUUGAACAAUUCAUUAUAAUUCUGAUUCUGAAUGAUUUGCACUGUGAAAUGUAAAUAACAGUAUAGUGAUUAUGGUGUUUUACUGUAUCGAACAAUUCAUUAAAGGUUCAAAUGGCAAUAUUUGAAAAAGAAAAAGAUUAUUGUUGUUGUAAGUCUUAUUCUGAAUGGUUUGCACUGUGAGAUAUAUCAGCAUAAUGAUUUGUGCCUCGUUAAGAGAUAGAAUGGGGAAUGUUUUCUCCCUCCUUGAUUGGAGGCGGUUCUAUUUUUGUAUUCUUUGGUGAAUGUAUCAACAAUUACCAUGUCAACAAUGUCAACAACUUGUGCUACUUUUGUGUACCUUGUGUUACCAUUUCUUGUGAUGAUUUUGUACAUAACUGUAGUGCUUGAAUGUCAUUAAAAUUCCUUUGUGUACACAUAUGAUCAUUGAAAUUGCCAAACGUUAGUACGUUUGACAAA